AUGCACGGCAUCAGCCCAUCGCAGCAGAAUGCACCGCAGCCGGCACCGCAACAGGCGCAGAACUUGGCCGUUGUUGCCUCGUUGCUCGCACAGAUGCAAGGCAUGGGUGCCGGGCAGGCCUACGGGCCGACACAAACACACGGUUCGGUGACUGGGACAACGGCUGCUGCUUCCGCAUCUGCAUCGGCAGCAACAGUAUCAGAUAGCCAAACAGCGGCGGCACAUGGACGUGAAGCAAUGGAGGCAGGGCAACAGCAGGGCGAGCGGGCACAGUCGAAUGUGCCCUGGCAGAUGUCGCACUCACAGGCAUCCUCGAUGCUUGCACGCAUUGGAGAGCAAUACCGCAAGCAGGACAGGCCGGUGGUGGGAGAGGAAGAUGGUGCGCAGUCACGCAAGCAGUCGUUCUUUGCUGGUGACGGCAGAGACAGGGAUGAAACAGCAGCAGGGUUCCAGCCACCGUCGCUGGCGUCUGCGCUCAACAUGACCGGGCCGUCACCGCUUCGCCCCCCGGAUGCAAACGCACACGCCCAGUGCAUGCAAUUUCUUCAGCAGGCGUGGGACAGCGGCCAGUUGCAGGCGCCGCCAACGCCAAACGUAACCAAUGACUCAUCAUCAUCACCACAGCAGCAGCAACAAGAAGGCGACGACGCUCCCAAGUCUCCGCCGAAGACAUCAAAUGCACAAGAUCAAGCGCGCCUUCCCGCUGCUUUCUUCCCAGAGAUGUUCUCGCCGCUCAAGACUGGAAGUCUCCCUGCCAUCAACCUCAACUCACCCACCGCGUUUGAGGCAUUUGCCACGCCUGAUUUGUCUUCGUUUCAUCCUCCGUUCAGCCCGCUCGCCGGCACCAGCGCGCAGACCGGCAGCGUGACGCCACAGAAGCAGCUGCGCUCCCCAAGCGGCGAUGGCACGGGUCACCCCUCCAUCCUGCUCGCGUCACCCCAGUUCUUGAUUGGCCAGCCAUCGCCUUUCACAAACUACCUCUACUCCCCGCUCGGAUUUUCCUCCUUUUCCCCGCGCCGCUUCAGCCUGGACGAGGCCGCUGCUGCGGCCUCAUCAUCGUCGUCCGCCCUGCGCAGUCAACAGCAACAGCAGCAGCAGCAGCAGCAGUCCAGUGCAUCGUCUGAUGUCCCGAGUGGCGGUGAGCUUCAUCUCCAGCCGGCGCCAUCGCCGUACGGGGCGCCGGGCAGACGCACACGCACGCGCAAGGCCCGCAACCUCACCCUCCCAGGCAGCUCGCUCGGUACGUCGCGCGUGGACGACACAGACCUGCUUGCAGCGACGGAAACCGUGAUCCGCACAGACGCGCCAUCGGAGGGCAGCGUGGAUGGCAGCAGCGGCGGCCACAGCAAGGGCGGUGCACGCGGCAACAAGCGCCGUGGCGGUGCUGGUCGUGGUGGCAGUGGCCGUGGCGGUGGCGGCAAGCGACGCGGUGGCGGCAGUGGUGGUGCAACGAAGCGCGCCAAGCAGAAGAAGUGA